AUGGAGGCUGAUCCUGUUUUGAACAAGGAUGUCUUGGGAGCACUAGUUCCACCGAAUGGUCUUAAGCACUUGGAACUGAACGGCUAUAGCAGUAUAAGCUUUCCAAAUUGGUUCAUGGAUAUUACUCACUAUCUCCCAAUUCUUGUUUCUGUUAAGUUGAAGAAUCUACUGAGAUGCAGCAGUCUGCCACCACUUGGGCAGUUACCAAACCUCAAAGAGUUGUAUCUUGAAAGGUUGAGCAGCAUUGCAAAAAUCGGUGGGGAUUUCUGUGGCCGCAAACGAGCAUUCCUUCAACUAUCAAGGUUUACCUUGUUGAAGAUGGAACGACUGGAAGAAUGGACGACGACAUACUGUAGCGAGGAUGAUGGACAAUCUCUCACAGUGAUGAAGUGCUUAAUUCAUGAGAUGAAGAGGGCAACUUCAGCCAUUUUAACUCCACACCACGAACCAGUGUUGCCAGAAUGGCCUGGAGACCUCAAAUCUCUCGAAAGGCUCCGCAUUUUGGGAAGCGGGAAGAUCAAGUCCAUGCCACCAUCUGUACAACAACUCACCAAGCUCCAGGAGCAACUUAUUAUGGGGAACCCUGAACUAAAACAGUGGUGUGAAUCUGAGGAGAACAAGAGCAAGCUUGCCCACGUGAAGGAUAUUGUAGGUUAUUCGAGUUACACCGACACGCCCUGUUAUGUCUACUCCCCCCAAAUCCCUCCGUAUUUUUGCAUACAUAUGACGCUUGCACAAGUAAACAAAAACAAAAGAUAG